AUGUAUGUAUAUGUAUGUAUGUAUAUAUACUCAUGGAUAAUCUAUGUAUACCAGCUAUAAAAAAUAAACAAUAAAUUUGACUGGUUAUUUACGUAAGGAUCCCGAUUAUAAUGAUUAGCUGCAACUAAGAUUUCUAGUAGUUGUUGUGAUGUUUACAAUUUAAUUUGUUGAGUCUGUUUCUCAUGUGAUAUAGAGGAACAUAGUAUUCAUAUAGCCGACCCCAAUUAAUUAGGAUUGUGGCAAUAGACUCUCUAUGGGUUGAUUUCUCAGGUGGUCACUUAACUAAUAGUUAUUAUCUCAAAAAGUCACUUUCUUUGUUGAAGAAAAUUGGAAUCAAGAAGAAAUGUGACUUUCUGAGAUAAUAACUACUCCCCCCGUUCCAAUUUAAGCGUCUUAGUUUAAUUGGGCACGGAGUUUAAGAAACAAAGGGAGACUUUUCAAUCUUGUAGUCUUAAAUUAAUUAUGUGUGUAGUUCUUUAAAUCUUGUGGUCGUAAACUUGUCAUGUAGAAUAUUGGAACUGGAAAACUUAGUAAAUAUAGAGAGAGACACUCUUUUUGGGACAGACCAAAAGGAAGGUAAGAUACUUAAAUUGGGACGGAGGGAGUAUUAGUUAGUGACCAUAUGAGAAAUCAACCCGAUUAUCUAUGGGUUUAUUGGUAGUGAAAGGCUUCUACUUGGAUUUGUCAUAGUUCUCGUGAUUUUUGCAAGUUAAUUAGCAGCGUUUAUGUGUUUCUCGUGUGAUACAAGGAAUAUAGGAUUGAUAUAGUUGAUCCCAACUAUGUUGUGAUUGAUUACCGAUUAAAAAAAAAAAAAACUAUUUUUUGAUUGAAGCGUAUAAUAUUGAUUGAUUGAUUUGUUUGUCAUCUGAUAAUGGCUUACGAAGUGGUUACGGUGUAGUAAUCAACUUUUAGCAUUACAAACCAACUCUCUGAAAUAUUUCUCUUGGAAGAAGAAUUACAAUAAGGACCACAAGUCUAAGCAUUUGAAGCCGAUUGCAUAAGCUCUCGUAUUUUCAUUAUCAAAUACUUGUUACAUGGAUGAACUUGGGCUAUGUGCAUUAUUUAAACUUACAAUAUAGCUUGGUAUCUUUGCCUCUAGCUCCCUCUUUUUGCUUAUGUGUCUCUCGAGGGCAAACAGGAUUCAAUUUUGUUCUGGCUGCUUAUACUUUUGUGAGCAUCUCGUUGUCAGUAAGACAGUUUCUUGACUGAAGCUUAUCUUUCUUUGUUUCUCAUUGCAGGAAAAUUAAGGAACCAUGGGGAUCAUAGAAAAGAUUAAAGAAAUAGAAAUCGAGAUGGCUCGUACACAGAAGAAUAAAGCAACUGAGUAUCAUCUCGGUCAGCUGAAGGCUAAGAUAGCAAAGCUGAGGACACAACUGCUGGAGCCGCCUAAAGGUUCUAGUGGAGCUGGAGAGGGUUUUGAAGUCACAAAGUAUGGCCAUGGACGUGUUGCACUAAUAGGAUUCCCUAGUGUUGGAAAGUCAACACUCCUAACAAUGCUGACAGGAACACAUUCUGAAGUUGCAUCAUAUGAGUUCACUACACUUACUUGCAUCCCUGGUAUUAUACACUACAACGAUACCAAAAUUCAAUUGCUUGAUCUUCCGGGGAUCAUUGAAGGUGCAUCUGAAGGCAAGGGGCGUGGUAGGCAGAGCGAAGGCCAUCGACAAAUUUUAACAAGGGAGCUGGAAGCUGUGGGACUGCGAUUAAAUAAACGACCUCCGCAGAUAUACUUCAAGAAGAAAAAGACGGGGGGGAUUUCUUUUAACAGCACUAUGCAGCUGACACAUGUUGAUGAGAAGCUCUGCUAUCAAAUCCUUCACGAAUACAAGAUUCACAAUGCUGAGGUUUUAUUUCGUGAAGAUGCUACAGUGGACGACUUUAUUGAUGUUAUUGAGGGAAAUCGUAAAUACAUGAAGUGUAUAUAUGUCUACAACAAGAUAGAUGUUGUCGGUAUUGAUGAUGUGGACAGAUUAUCCCGACAGCCAAACUCCAUUGUCAUCAGCUGCAACUUGAAGCUGAAUCUGGACAGACUACUUGCGAGAAUGUGGGAAGCUAUGGGUCUUGUCAGAGUUUAUACAAAGCCUCAAGGCCAGCAACCAGAUUUCACAGAACCUGUGGUUCUCUCUGCUGAUAGGGGUGGCUGUACUGUAGAAGAUUUCUGUAAUCACAUACAUAGGAGCCUUGUUAAGGAUGUGAGGUAUGUCUUGGUUUGGGGCACGAGUGCAAAGCACUACCCUCAGCAUUGUGGUCUCAGUCAUCUGCUUCAGGAUGAAGACGUGGUUCAGAUUGUCAAGAAAAAGGAGAAGGAUGAUGGUGGAGGCAGAGGCCGAUUCAAAUCACAUUCUAAUGCUCCUGCUCGGAUAUCUGACCGAGAAAAGAAGGCUCGACUGAAGACAUAGUUUAAUUAGACGGUCAAGAUUUUUUAUGUAUGUGAUAAUUGUUGGGGCAUCAAUUUUCGAUCGGAGAGUAUAUUGCAGGAAAGUAAUUACGAUACUAGAGAAUAGUUGAGAGGUUUCUUCAACUCUAUGGUGUGAAACUACUCAAUAUUACGAUGUAAAUGCUAGUGUAUAAAAAAUAUGGACAUAUGUGUCA